CUUAACCUCCGCGCCCAUCUUACUCUGUUUUUAGAUGGACGUAACAUUCAUCAACUCUGGUGCUCUAAGCCGCGCUCACUACUCUUUGGUGCGCAAAGUGGAGUCUGCGCAGUCCCCGCAAGCAGCAGACCAGAUCCACCUAAGCGAAAUUGAUGGCAUUAGACGUCACUUCGCUGUUGGAGGCGUAUCUCUCAAAGAAUGCAGGGAGAAGCUGAUCAUACUUCUUUACUGUUCCAUGAAUUUAACACACGUUAAUCCUGGCGAGCUCGCCUUUGCUUUGCCACAAGCUGUCAAUCUGGCCGAGAUGGGGCGGACAUUGCGUGACAAGCAACUCGGCUUUAUCUUUUGCACUGAAGUUAUGCCACAGAAUCAUGAGUUGCAGCUCAUGUUAGUCAAUACCAUUCGCAAGGAUCUAGAAAGCUUGUCCAUAGCACGUGUUUGCCUCGCUCUCAGCGUCUUAAUUCAAAUGCCAAAUGAUGAAGUGAUACCCGCCGUACAAUCACAAUUGCAGGCCCUGUUCAUGCACAAAUCGAUAUCAGUUCGUCGUAGAGCUUAUCUGGCAUAUCACUCGCUGCUACACAACGACCCUUCGCGCUUGACACCACUAGAGGAUGCAGUUGUCCUCCGCAUUCAACGUACACUGCCUUCUAUAGACUCUUGCGCUAUGGCAGUAGCCAUGAAACUCAAUCAAGUUGAUUCCAUCAAUGAUGAAGUCAACGCUCUUCUGCCAAUUGUGUGGCAAAGACCCGGUCGUCAGUCUCAAUCUCUUAUUUUAUUGGUCCUUCGAGCCCUUCGGAAGGCUAAGUUAUCGAUGCCAAAUGUUGGUAUUGUUCUCGACAUUAUCAAGCGUACAUCUAGUCCUCCCGUGCGAGUGCUACUGCGGGAGGCUUUUCUUGUCUUAUCAUCCGUAUCAGCAGAGGUUAUCCAAGAAUGCCAAAUGCAGCAGUCUCUGUCGCCAGUGGCUUGCAUUCGACGCCUAUUGACGUCAAAGGAUCCUAACGAUCAGUACCUGUUUGUUUCGUGCUUAUAUUGCCUGAGCCCCACUCUUUGGGCAGGGACCCUGCCAGGAACAAUAGCAGUCUUAGACGAGUGGGAGGUUCAAGAAGUGAUGAAACUUCUUGAUUCACAUGACAGGCUUGUUCGAAAGAUAACCCUGAGGGUCCUACAUGCGGUCGAUUCUUCCCUUGUCAAGGCGUAUAACAUGCAGUUGCUACAUAACUUGCCUGCAGGGUUAACUUUAUCUGACAAGGGCGAAUAUGUUUCUCGUCUGCUUGAUGUUGGCGUGCUUCAGUAUGGGAAUGAUGGGGAACAGUAUGCUAGAUACCUUAAGGACCUGUUUGCCGUUGCAGAAGGUGACACUCAAGGUCGUACGGAGGACAUGUCUGUCCUUGAAGUAGGCCUUGAGAUGAUCCUUACCCACAUCCGGGAAUUUGAUAUUACAUCUCGUAUAUCGUGCGUUACCGCACUGGCGGUUUCUGUCACGGAGUCAGGUGCUCGGAUUGGACCAACUCUCAUGGUGGUUAUUUCUGCUUUGGCUUGUGAAUACUGCGGAAAGAUAGCAACAUCACCCCCAUCACUACUCCAGGGAAUGGCUAGCAGACUUGUCUCGUAUGGUGUCACAGUUCAAGAUGCAUGUCUGCUAUCUAUGAUUCGGAUGUCUGCAGAGUGUGACCAGAUCCCGCACACUAUCUUGAAGCUUGUUACCGAAAUAUCUCAGUUCUCCGGAAAACGUAUUCGGAAUCGGUGUGGCCUGUUCUUGACAUACUGUGGUCAAAGGGAUGUGCUUACCAGUAUCAUCGCUCAAGCAUCCUCAUCUUCACUUCCAGACUUUUUGGUUGCUCUAACAACUUAUGGAUCAAAUGCCGGCGCCUCACCGCCUGUAUCGCCUGUUAAUUUAAAGCCUUCAUCAACAAUUUCCGGGCUUUCGCCGGGCUCGCCUCCACGAGCUAGCUUAUCUCCCAGACAGUUACGUUACGAAGCAUAUGGCACUCCCCAGGCUGUGCCUAGUCUAAGGCAUCUAUUAAGCCCGAGCAGAGGCACCUUCUCAAGUCCGGGAAGCAGCAGGAGCCGAAGUUCCUCACGUGCUAGUGAACGUGGGAUGCCAUCCGAACUGGCAAGGACCAUCACCCCAGGAGAGUUGACUAUUGCUGCCGCGCAGGGUCCAUUGCAAGAGCUGCCCGAGCUUGACCACGUUCGAAAUUCGAACGCAUCACCGAAUGAAGAUUUAACAUCUCGUGUUGAUCUCAUAUCGCUCGAUACUGCCUGCAGCGAAGUGCCUGUUACAUUUCCGACUCCUGAGCCAGACUUCGAAGACGUCUGGGAUGCCAUGGAAAACUCCAAUCUCCGAGGCUGGUGCGAGUCGUCGAUGGACAACGUAGUGAGACUUCUACAGAGUUUACAGCACUCCAUGAGAGUCAUCGCGGUUGAUCAACCACCAUUUGAAGGGGAGCUAAAAGUCUUGGUUGCUGCCUCACCUAAUCCACCCUUAGUGGAGCCGAAACAAGGUGCUGCCCUUCGCCUCCGGGAGAGUGAAGAAGAAAGCUGCCUGUGGCGCCUCCGGUGCGAUGAUCCUGAGCUACGAACCACUGUCAAGAGACUAUUGGAGGAUAUAUAAGAUGCCCUGCUGUUUGUCAUGCAGGCGAUCAGAUUGCUAUUGGCUCAUCAGCUAUGUUUGUUGAGAUGUUACGGUGAGAAAUAAAUUUCUGAGGUCGUGAAUACAAGACUAGAUCAUCAUCAAGUGAUGAGCCAUUUUAGGCGCGUCUGUUGAGCAGCAACAAAGUCACCCGGAACAAAGCCGGAACAAGAUUCGUGGUGCUCGGAAAACUUGACAUCGUGCGAGUCGGCAAAUGGCCAAUAGAUAUACCGAUAACUCGAUAAGGUCGUCCGGUCAGCCUCU